GUCUCAAUACUCUUUCUCAUCUACCAUCUACCAUCAUCAUCAUGACUGGCUACGUUCUCUAUGAAUACACUCCCAACCUGCCUUGUGCAGUGUUAUUUGCCGCCCUGUUCGCCCUGUCGACCGCUCUUCAUCUCUACCAACGCAUCCGCCAUCACUCCAAGUACUUCAACCCGUUCAUCGUCGGCGGCAUCUUCCAAGUGAUCGGAUACGGCGCCCGCUGCGUCUCGCACUUUUCGCCCACGGCCGUCAUGCCGUACUCGCUGCAGUCGCUCUUCAUCCUGCUCGCUCCCAUCCUGUACGCCGCCUCGAUCUACAUGGUGCUGGGCCGGAUCAUCACCUUCGUCGACGCCCCCCAUCUCAGCGUCGUCCCCGUGCAUCGCAUGACCAAGACCUUUGUCGGCGGCGAUAUCUUCUCCUUCAUCCUGCAGGCCGCCGGCGGAGGCAUCAUGUCCAGCGGCAAGGAAAAGGCCCUCCAGAUCGGCCAGUAUGUCAUCAUCGCCGGCCUGGGCGUGCAGUUGCUCUUCUUCGGCUCCUUUCUCCUCGCCUCCUUCUACUUCCAUUCACGCAUCGUCAAGACGCCCACGGAAAAGGCGGAGCGCACAAAGGAUCUCCGCGCCUCCAUCUGGCCGCGCGACUGGCGUGGCCUCCUCUUCGCCUGCUACGCUGUCAGUCUUCUCAUCCUGGUGCGCUCCGUGUAUCGUCUGGUCGAGUUCUCCCAGGGCUCCAGUGGAUACGUCAUCAGCCAUGAAGUCUUCCUCUAUGUCUUUGACGCCGCCAUGAUGUUCUGUGUCAUGCUCAUCAUGAACUUGUUCCAUCCUUCUGUCGUCCUCAGUCAGGUCGAAGACGCGGAGAAGAACUAGUCUAUGCUGUUUUAUGCCGUUAUCAUGACCUUAAUGAUUAGCAAUAGAUAUCCAGACUUGAUUCGUUUCAAUUCAUUCUCUUCCUACAGUAUCAGGCACAGGCAGCAUAGCCUAACUAAGUAUAAUCAUCUUACAUAACAGUUACACAGAAUAAUAUUCUAAGAAUGAAUCAUGUACAUGGUCUAUUAGUCUACAACCACCCCUUGGGCCCUCCCCAGGUCCCCUUGACCAUGGACUCGUAGUAGACCCACGGGAAGAAGUCCUUCUUGAGAUGGUAGAACGCGCGGCGCGGGAUCGCCUGGUCGAUGCCGAACCACUUGUUGAACGUCUCCUUGGGCACGCCCGCGUACUUGAACUCGGCGAGCAGGACCUUGCCGUACUCCGUCAGCA